AUGGAACCUCCUCGACCCACCGUAUAUAUUCCCGUGAAGCCGCCAGUUCCACAAAUUACGAUCUCCCCGAAAAUCUUAGGACCUUUUGAGAAUAUGCUACGCUACAGCGGCCUCGAUUUGAGUCGAUCGCCAGUCGCCAUGAGUGGAAGUUGGGCGAGAAGCAUCUUUGUGAUAACGCUGUGCACCUUAAUUUGUCUAGUGAUGCUCCUCAAAUGCAUCAUUCUCGUCACGGAAUCCGUGAAGCCGAUGACUCUCGAGUGGACAGUGAGUUGUAUUUGGUGUUUCAUGGCCAUUCACGGAUUUGCUUCUGCACUUUGCGUUGCUUCAUGGACAAGAACUUGUUUGCUACCGUCACUGCAGGACAUUCUUGCUAAAUUUCAAACACAACGAGGUGCCCUCAACUGCGAUCCGACAAAUGUUUACCGACGGAUUUUCUUCUUCGCUACACUUUUCAUCAGUACAUGGACGUUAGCCUCGAUGAAAGGUAUUCUUUAUGACGGGCGACACAUUAACGAGUCAUCUGCUUUUACAAUCAGCUAUCCUAUCACGUUAUCAACUAUGUUUGGAGUCGAACCUCUGGUCCUUCUGAUGAUGGCGUUCUCUUCCACCUUGGCUAUGAUAAUCCACGUGCUGGUGUUUGUCCACGUUAACCACGAAUGGACGUCUUACAACGAGGAAUUGGCAAACUCUUCCAAGCUUCAGCAACUUGUUAUACCGGAGAUUCUGAACGCGUUCAGCACACGACAGUCAGAAUUGUUGAGGUUGGCCAAAUUUGUGAGCGAUCGAAUGAGUGUUUUCGUCACGGUUUCCACUGUAUUCGCUUCACUUACAGCUGCCGACGCGUUAUACUUAAUGGCAGGAUUUGAAGAGAUUUCUAUGGUUAUGCGGAUCAUGGCUCUGUUAUGGAUGAAUUGUGCAAUCGGAUUGAUACUGACAACUCUCAAACAGCCCGGUAAAACCCAGUGUGAGAUUAAAAACACUGCACAAAUAUUGCUAGAUGAUGAUCUUCUUCAAAGCGCUCAAGAAGACAAGUGUUGGAGAACCUGUCGAUCAAUGAUAGACCGAGCUCACCAUAAUUCUACGAAGAUGUACUUCAUGCAAGCAUUCGCCAUCGACCAGCACUUUCUUCACAGGAUUCUCUUUAUUGCACCAAAUAUUGGGACACUCCUGGUGUUGAUCAAAAAGAUGGGUCUUGUAUGA